AUGUUAACACUACCGUUUGAUGAGUCUGUUGUAAUGCCAGAAUCCCAGAUGUGCAGAAAGUUUUCUAGAGAAUGCGAGGACCAGAAGCAAAUUAAGAAACCAGAAAGCUUUUCCAAACAGAUCGUCCUUCGAGGAAAGAGCAUCAAAAGGGCCCCUGGAGAAGAAACCGAGAAAGAAGAGGAAGAGGAAGACAGGGAUGAAGAAGAUGAAAAUGGGUUACCCAGAAGGAGGGGUCUUAGGAAAAAAAAGACGACUAAGCUCCGGCUGGAAAGGGUCAAGUUCAGGAGACAAGAAGCGAAUGCCAGAGAAAGGAACAGAAUGCACGGCCUCAAUGACGCUCUGGAUAAUUUACGAAAAGUGGUCCCCUGUUAUUCCAAAACCCAAAAACUGUCCAAAAUAGAAACUUUACGCCUGGCCAAAAACUACAUCUGGGCACUUUCUGAAAUUCUAAGAAUCGGCAAGAGACCCGAUCUGCUCACUUUUGUCCAAAACUUAUGCAAAGGUCUUUCCCAGCCAACUACAAACUUGGUGGCAGGCUGCUUGCAGCUCAACGCCAGGAGCUUCCUGAUGGGUCAGGGUGGGGAGGCGGCGCACCACACAAGGUCACCCUACUCUACUUUCUACCCACCCUACCACAGCCCUGAGCUCACCACUCCCCCGGGGCAUGGAACUCUUGAUAAUUCCAAGUCCAUGAAGCCCUACAAUUAUUGCAGUGCGUAUGAAUCCUUCUAUGAAAGCACUUCUCCCGAGUGUGCCAGCCCUCAGUUUGAAGGUCCCUUAAGUCCUCCCCCAAUUAACUAUAAUGGGAUAUUUUCCCUGAAGCAAGAAGAAACCUUGGACUAUGGCAAAAAUUACAAUUACGGCAUGCAUUACUGUGCAGUGCCACCCAGGGGUCCCCUUGGGCAGGGUGCCAUGUUCAGGUUGCCCACCGACAGCCACUUCCCUUACGACUUACAUCUGCGCAGCCAAUCUCUCACCAUGCAAGAUGAAUUAAAUGCAGUUUUUCAUAAUUAA